CUUCCCGCUUCGCCGGCUCCGAUUCCCUCCGUCGAGGCCGCCGGGAGGCCGUUUCCCGGCCGUGAUCGGGAGGCGCGCGCGCGGGGCUGCUUGGGGAAAUGAUCGCGGGCUCCCGCGUCGGGAGGGAGACGCGUCGUCGGCGUCGCUUCUCGUCUCGGCUUCGAGUCGUUUGCUUCCUAGGGUUUAUGGCGUGAGCUUCGGUUCGGUUCGGGACGGGGCUGGAGUUUUGUUGUUGUUAGGUAUAUUGGGUUCACUGAUUGCGCGAGCGGCGUCUUCUCUAUCGGGUGGUUCACAAAGAUACAAACCAAGUAAUAUUAAAGUGAAAUGGUAGCAAAAGAUCGACAAAAAACUACAGGCUCUCCCAAAGUGGAGGUGGGGGAGAUAGACACGAGGGCACCAUUUCAAUCUGUCAAAGAUGCGGUGACUAUGUUCGGUGAAGGUGCUUUCUCAGGAGAAAAGCCAGCUAUUAAGAAGCCUAAAGCCCUCUCUGCAGAGAGAGUAUUGGCCAAGGAGACCCAACUUCACCUGACCCAGAAGGAGCUCAACAAGUUGAAGGAACAAUUGAAGAAUGCUGAAACAACAAAAUCUCAGGUACUUGAGGAACUUGAGAAGGCUAAGAGAACAUUGGAUGAUCUUACCGAUAAGCUAAAUGCAGUGAAUGAAUCCAAGACAUUAGCAAUUAAGCAAACAGAGAUGGCAAAGAAUCAAGCAAAGCAAUUUGAAGGAUCAAAUGACGGUGGCACUUCUGUGACUGACGGGGCUUGGAAGCAGGACUUAGAAAGUGCCAGAGAACAUUACGGCAACCUCAUUACAGAACUUGAUGCUGCAAAGCAAGAAUUGAGGAAAGUUCGUCAGGAUCACGAUGGGGCAGUGGAGAUGAAAAUUACUGCCUCCAAGCAAGUGCUAGAAGCUGAAUAUGCAGCCAAAGCAAACAUGGAGAGAGUUGGUGAGCUUUCCAAGGAAAUUUCAGCCGUACAAGAAUCAAUUGGGCAAGUGAAGCUUGCUACCCUUCAGUCACAGCAAGAGCAAGCCAAGAUUUUUGCAGAGAAGGACAUCCAGAGGCAGUCUUGCAAAGCUACCUUGGAAGAGUCAGCGAAUAAGUUGCUUGCUUUGAAAAAGGAAUUUGAUCCUCAAUUGGCCAAGGACCUUGGAGAACAAUUGGCCAAUACAAUGAACCAGAUUGGUUCUCUGAAAGAGCAAAUGGAAAAUGCGAAAGCUUCUGAUUUAGAGUCUGUGAAAACUGUCACAUCAGAACUUGAUGAUGCUAAAGGAUCACUGAAGAAGGUUGCAGAAGAGGAAACCUCUCUUAAAAGUCUUUUGGAGUCUCUUAAGCAGGAGAUAGAAAAUGUAAAGAAAGAACAAGCUGAGCUCAAGCAAAAGGAAGCAGAAACAGAAUCACUUGUUGGUAGUCUGCAUGUCAAGCUUCGAAAGACUAAAUCUGAACUGGAGGCAUGCCUCGCUGAAGAAUCCAAGGCAAGGGUGGCUUCUGAUGAAAUGAUUGCCACCCUUCACCAGCUAUCAAUGGAAACAGAAAACGCACGUAAGGAAGCAGAGGAGAUGAAAAAUGAAGCUGAGGUAUUAAAAAAGGAAGCUGAAGCCACCAAAGACGUGCUCAAGGAAGCAGAGAUGAAUCUGAGAAUUGCCAUCGAAGAAGCAGAAGAAGCAAAAGCUGCAGAAACUAGCGCACUUGAUCAGAUCAAGAAUUUAUCUGAAAGAAGAACCGCUGCUCGUGCUUCUACUUCCGAAUCUGGUGCCAAAAUCACAAUCUCCAAGGAAGAGUUUGAAUCUCUAAGCCGAAAAGUUGAGGAAUCUGAUACAUUAGCACAAAUGAAGGUUGAUGCUGCCUUGGCCCAGGCGGAAGCUGUAAAGGCAAGUGAAUUUGAGGCACUUAAGAAAUUGGAAACAACUCAUAAAGAGAUCGAGGAUAUGAAGUGUGAAACUGAGGCAGCUUUGAAGAGGGCGGAGAUGGCUGAAGCGGCUAAGCAAGCCGUGGAGGGGGAGCUUAGGAGGUGGCGUGAAAGAGAACAGAAAAAGGCUACUGAUGCCGCUUCCCGAAUUUUAGCCGAUACGGAGAAGUCAUACGAGCAAUCUCCUCAACAUUUUAGGAUUCAAAAGCAGAACCUUCCUGAGAAAGUUAUGGAGGUAAAAAAACUAGAGGAGAAGAAGAUUUCUGUCUCGAAGAAGGUGCUCAUGCCUAAUCUUAGCGGCAUCUUUCAAAGGAAAAAGAGCCAGGUUGAGGGUGGGUCUCCUUCUUAUUUGCCUGGGGAGAAGCCCAUGUGAUUUUGCUUUUGGAUAUUUGGAUAUUUGGCUAUUCUUCAUUUGUACAUUGGAGAUUGGUGAAGGCAGAAUUCUGUUUUGAGUAUGGGAGUGAUUUGGUGGUUCAUAGAAGCUUGGCUUGGAAGGAAACAUGAAAAACUGUGAUGUUGUGUGGGUAGGAGUUUGUGAAAAUCAUGUGUUUCAAACUGCAGAUGGGUUACAUAUGUUAGUUGCUACCAUCUCUUCAAGGAGAAACUAUAAGGCGUAAUCAUCUCAACCUUGUAGCAGUCUACUUUUCAUAAGAGAAGACCUUUUUGGCGAAUCGAGGCUCAAGUAAGCCCUUGUGAUGACCCUAGUGACAAGUCCAAGCUCGGUUCUUUCCGUGCUUUUGUGCACAAAGCUCUCAGAUUUUUCCUUGUCUCAGGUGGUAACUCUCUAUUACUUUCGUAACGUACAUAUUCGCUGUGGUAGAAUUUCAUGUGUAUCUGUCUUGACAAUGCUCGUUUUGUGAUAGCUUUUGCUGGUUGUCAUUUGUGAUUUCGUGGUUGUACCAUCGGCAAUCCCUCUUAUUCAUGCUGUGGUGUAAAAUCAAACGGGGGAUCUCUUCUAGCA